UUGUCAUGGUGAAAAUCUAUUGAUUUAUUUUUAUUUUUGUUUUUGUUAUUUGAAAAACAACAAAAACAGUGUACAUAUUAGCCAUUAUAAAAAUUAUUUGGCCAAUUAAUUUCGAGCCCCUUUCCUUUUAGUUGGUUUGGAUUAUUAAACAAAAAAUAAGGUAUACAUUAAUAUAAGGAUUAUAAAUUUUAUUUAUAAUACACACAUCCUUGAAAAAUUAAUUUAAACCAUUUUUUUGUAAACAUAAAAUGGACUCCUAUUAACAAAAUGGAGAGAAAAGAGGAAACUGAAGAUACAGUAGCAAAUAUUAAGGAUGAGAAUAGUAUUUUUGUCAAACCUGAAUUCAUAAAAAAAGAAAAUGAUGAAGAUUAUCCAGAUGAUUAUAUUGAGGACCAUGAACAUGGAGUUUCUGAUAUUAGUUUGCACCAAAUUAAAUCAGAAAUAUCAGUUGAAGAUAUGACAUUUGAUCAGAACCAAGGUGAUUUGGGACAGUUCCAGUAUUUUAAUAGUGAUAUUGAUAAUAUAAAACCAGAGCAUUCUGAUAAAGGAAGUCAAAGUAUUGAACAUGAUAGCUUCAAGACUGAAGUAAAAGUGGAACCCAAGAGAGAAAGUACACAUGAUACAAUUGUUUAUACAGACUUAAAUGAAUACUCAUUAAAAUUUGAAAUAGAUGCAGAUGAAAAGAAACUUAUCCCAAAUGAAGAAGAACAAUCAAAAGAAAAAGACAUUCCCCAAGAGAAGGACACUUGGGACGUUAUGAAAACAAUAGACAUAAAUCCAUCUAAUAAAAAACAAUGUACAAGUCAACCUGCAGAAGAAAAAACUUUAAAAUGCCAUGUUUGUGGUAAGCAGUUUAGCAGAAAAAAUCAUUUAGAUAAACACAUGAGAACUCAUACUGGUGAAAAACCUUACAAGUGCGACAUUUGUUUUAAGCAGUUUAGCGCAGCAGGCAACUUGAAAAUACAUUUGAGAGUGCAUACUGACGAAAAACCUUAUCAGUGUGAAAUUUGUUUUAAACAGUUCAGAGAAAAAGGUCAUUUAAAAUCACAUAUGAAUGUGCACACUGGGGAAAAACGUUAUAAGUGUGAAAUUUGUUUAAAACCGUUUAGUGAAGCAGGUAGUUUAAAAAUACAUAUGAGAGUGCACACUGGAGAAAAGCCGUACCAGUGUGAAAUUUGUUUUAAGCAGUUUAGUGAAGCAGGUAGUUUGAAAAAACAUUUUAGAGUCCACACUGGAGAGAAACCUUACAAGUGUGAAAUUUGUUUGAAUCAGUUUUCUCAACCAGGUGGUUUGAAAGCACAUAUGAGAGUGCAUACAGGAGACACUUACAAUUGUGAAAUUUGUUUUAAGCAGUUUACUCAAGAAGGUAAUUUUAAAAAUCAUAUCAAAUCACACACUGGAGAGAAACCUUACAAGUGCGAAACUUGUUCUAAGCAGUUUAGUGAAGCAGGUUGUUUAAAGAAACAUUUAAGAUUGCACACUGGAGAAAAACCUUAUAAGUGUGAAAUUUGUUUGAAGCUGUUUUCUGAGGCGGGUGCUUUAAAAGCACAUUUGAGAGUGCACACUGGAGAAAAGCCUCACAAGUGUAAAAUUUGUUUCAAGCAGUUUUCUCAAUUAAAUCAUAUGAAUCAACAUAUGAGAUCGCACACCGGAGAAAAGCCUUACAAGUGCGAAAUCUGUUCCAAGCAGUUUAGUCAAUCUGGUAAUUUGACACACCAUUUAAGAGUGCAUACUGGAGAAAGACCUUAUAAGUGUGAAAUUUGUUUAAAACGAUUUAUUCAAAAAGGAAGUUUAAAAACCCAUUCGAGAAUACACACUAGAAGAGCUGUAAACGUGUGAAAUUAGGUUUAAGUAUUUUAUUAUUUGAAAGAAGUGUUUGCACCAGUAGAUUUAUUCGAAGAUGAAGAAAUAAACAGCUAUUUAGAUGCUCUUUGUCAACUAUCACCACCUGCUAGAGCAAUUACUCCAUCAGAAAUUAUGGAAGAGAUAAAGAAAAUCAACUCCCAUAAAGCUCCAGGUUAUUAUCUAAUAGUGGGAGAAAUUUUCAAACAUUUACCAAGAAGAGCUAUCGUGUUUCUCACUACUUUAUUCAACCGAAUUCUUCAUCUUUGCUACUAUCCAACGCAAUGGAAAUUUGCUGAAAUUAUCAUGAUCGCCAAACCUGGAAAGCCUUUAACAGAAGCUGCCUCUUACAGGCCUAUAAGCCUGCCGCCUAUACUUUCUAAAAUAUUUGAGCGACUACUGCAAAGCAGAAUAAAUAGUAUAACCUCGAUUAAUAAUUUAAUACCAAAUCAUCAAUUUGGCUUUAGGGAAAACACCACAACUCAGCAAUGCCAUAUAGUAAAUUUAAUCAGAGACGGUUUGGAAAACAAGAACAUUUGCACUGCAGCAUUUCUAGAUAUUCAGCAAGCCUUUGAUAAGGUUUGGCACCAAGGGCUGUUAUACAAACUAAAAACAAAAAAACCGAGUCAGAUUUACUUACUUCUAAAAUCAUACCUUUCCAAUAGACAUUUCGAUGUCAAAAUGGAAAAAGAUAACAGCAGCUACCAACUCAUAAAGGCAGGAGUACCCCAAGGCAGUGUUUUGGGACCAUUUUUGUACUUAUUAUACACUGCUGAUAUACCAACUACUAACGAAACAACCAUCGCCACCUUUGCCGAUGAUACAGCAAUAAUUGCGCUUGACCAUGAUCCAGUAGUGGCCUCUAACAAGCUACAAACACAUUUAGAUCGAUUACAAAACUGGCUCCAAAAAUGGAAAAUCAAAGUAAACCACGAAAAAUCGGCUCACAUAACAUUUACGAACAUGUAAAUUGUCCACAUGUUACAAUAAACCACCAAGUUAUCCCAAUGAAGACCGAAGUCAAAUAUUUAGGUAUUCAUCUUGAUCAGAAACUAAAAUGGAAAGCGCACAUUAAAGCUAAAAACAACAACUCCAAUUAAAAACCAGACAAAUGAAUUGGCUUCUUGGUAGAUCACAAUUAUCCAUAGAAAACAAACUGGCAAUAUAUAAAAUAAUACUAAAACCUCUAUGGACCUACGGGAUUGAACUAUGGGGAUGUACGAAACCAUCAAACACCAAAAUUCUGCAGACAUACCAAUCAAAAACUUUAAGAAUCAUUGCAAAUGCACCCUGGUAUAUUUCAAACCAAACAUUACAUGAGGACUCCUGCAUGCGACCAAACAUAGAAAAAGAAGUAUCAAUCACAACAACGAGCUGAUUUCCACGCUUACCAAUCGUCCAUUACCAGUUCGGAGACUCAAGAGACAGUGGCCAGAAGACUUGUGUGAGUGACAUUUGUGUUAGUGAAUAAAGUGAACCGGUACUGGCCGGCAACGCCUACAAAACAUUACAUAAUUUAUUAGUUUUACUUAAUACUCCUUUGUACAGAGUAGAUUGUAAAUUUGCAAGAUUUCAAAUAAAAGAAAAUCUGGUAAUUUGA